AUGAGGCCCACCGCUUCUAUAGUAUUGGGCCUCGGAGCUCUGGCCCACGGUCAUUUUGUCCUCCAAGCCCCGACUAGCAUCGGCUUUGACGAUGCCAAGGAGAUCGAAGGGCCCUGCGGUGGCUUCGACGCCAAAGAUCGCUCCAAGGGCGUCACUGACUGGCCGGUUGACGGGCAGUGGAUAUCUGUCUUGUCAACUCACAAUGACGUGACCUGGGAGAUUAAUGCCGGCCUUGUCGGGAAUGACGAGGUCGAAUUCACUCCUCUUGUUCUGCCGUUUAAGCAGGACGGUGUCGGCUCCGUCUGCUUUGAAGUUGUCCCCGGAAAUCCGAAUUGGAUCGGAGAGGAUGCGGUCGUUCAAGUCAUUCAACAUGCUGUUGAUGGUGAACUUCAUCAGUGCGCCGCCGUCCGAUUCGUUUCGGGAGGCCCAGCUUCUCCAGAUUCAAGCUGCAUCAACAGCCCCGGUGUAGUUAUCGAUCCGAUCAUUGAGGGGGUGAAGCCUGAAGAGCCCAAGCCUACCGACGACGGAUCGGGCACUUCAUCCUCCCCAGACACUAUUACUGGCCGAGCUUCCGCUUCCGGACCAUCUUCAGUCUCAAGGAGUUGGCACCAGAUCUGGACGAGCCCCGUGAUAGUCGAGUGCCUCUCUGCGCGCUUCUUCCCUCUGACUUCCAAACCAUUUAACCUUGCGGGUUUCCGCCGAGCUAGUCGCAUGCACUAUCUUCGGCAGCAUGGCCACUACAAGCGCAAACUCGAAAUUGCCCUCCAGUACGAGACAGAAUCAUAUUUCAAACUUGAUCCCGGAUUUCACCCGGAGGGGCGUUAUCCGACCCUUGUCGGGAAUGAACCUAAGGUCUUUUCCGGCUUUUCGAAUGGGAGGAUCGUCUGGCACGCCGGCCCCCGAAUCUUGGUCGUCGACGAUCUCAGGACGCGAAAACGGAAAGUUCUGGAAGUCAACAAAGGUCGUAGUGUACUCCAAGGCCAGGGUACCCCUCCCCAGCUGUUAAUCAGUCAGCACCUCGUGGUUCUAAUCUACGCGAGAGAGUUGAAGAUUUCAGCCUUCCAUCUCACGACUAAUACCUGGUCUACCUUCUCCAUGCCUGCUGAUAUGGAGACAUGGCAAGCUGAAGGCGACCGGCUGGCAAUUCUGACACGGGCCGGGGAGCUGUAUGUUCUGGAGCACGACGGCCGCCGACUGAACGUAGUACGUCACAUCGAUGUCGGCCAGAUGAUCGCAGAGAAGAUGCCCGCCAUGGACCUUCGCCAUACAGAGUCCGCGGUGCUACUUAAUCCAACGUCUAAGGAUACAUUUUAUGUUACUUUCAAGCAGCCCCGAUCGAUGUACUUCGACGUCCCAGUUGAAAUAGUCGAGUUCCAAGGGGAAGUGCUUGUGACAGUCCACCGUAUCCUCCCAUCAAUCGCCAAGCACGAAUUACACCGUCUAUCCUAUCGUGUAGACCACCUAGGUUCCCUGACCAACAGCAACUUCGUGGAGGCGGGUGAGAACGGACUAUGGUACGCUGGACUGUUCGCCCAUCACGAACCUGACCGGCAAACCGCGGGAGUCAACAUGGCUGACCAGACGAUGGAUUUCACCGUUUUCUUCAACACCAUCACGAGGGAGAUUAGCACGCAGGGCUAUUCCAAGUGCUUCGAUUGUACAGCCCCCUCGAUCUUUCCCAGGUUUUUGUGGGAGGGCCAAAGAUACUCGCCGCACAGGACGGCAGAAGAUGGCGACAUCUUCAUUCGCAGCUAUGUUGCCAAUACAGUCAAUGGCGAGUGGAAACAGGUGCCCUCACCUGCCACUUAUGAGAUAUCGACUGGCUUCAUACCACUUGAUCCCGAUCCAUACUUACAAAUUCUCCACGAUCAUGGAUAUAUGCUUGCGGCGUAUACAGACAGAUACAUUGUUUGGAGCUUUCUGGAGGAGGGUGACUGCAUGAGUGGCUCUUGA